UAUAGCAGCAACGCUAAGGAACACAAUGACGGCAGUGGUGCUCGCGCCUUGAUCAAAUAUCGGCGGAUUCCAAAAAAAACCCGUUAUUUUCAAAACGCCAUAACGACGGUUGCUAAUAAACAUGUCUUGUAUCCGCAGGGCGAACGGUCAAUUCCCGUGUAUGAGCCCCGCUGUCAGCUGCUCCCGUCUGCGCCAUGUCCAGUCACUGCUGUGGGAGGGGGAAGCCAGCCCUGAUGGGAUUCUUUGCUCUCUGGGGAUUGACAGCAGGUAUAAUGAGGGCUGCAGUGAGCUGGCCAACUACCUGUUCUACGGACUGUACCGGAAGAACCAGCUGAACCUGGAGCACAUUCUGGAGGACUUCCCUGAGGAGGUGCUAGAUGAUGUGAUCGUGCUGAUCAAGGCAGAGAGUGUCCACCUGUACUGUAACCCAAUCAACUACAGUUACCUGCUGCCCUACGUCUCCCACUGGAGGAACCUCUCCAUACACUGCAUGAACCAAACAGAGUAUGAAGACGAGGAAGCAGCGGAGGAGUUUAAGAUCUCCAGCUUUGUGAGCAUGGUUCAAGACUGCAGCCGUAUUGGAGUUCCUUACAGCACCCAGGGCCACAUCCAGACGUUUGACAUGUUUAUGAUAGAGAAGUGGCCCAUCAUUCAGGCCUUCGCCCUGGAGGGGAUCGGUGGAGGAAGCUUCUUCACCAUGAAAUACAAGUUGAUGGACAUUAGUGAGAAGCUGUGGCAGACUUACACCAGAUUGGACCCUGUGUCCCUAGACAACCUGCUGACUGAGGACCUGGUGUUGUUUGAGAAGCAGUGGAGCAGUUUCUUCUCCAGCUUUGACAUCGAGAGCCAUCUGUCUAUCCUGGAACUGUCUGAGGCUCAGGCAGGGGAGGCGUUCCGGAGUUAUUUCUCUCAUGGCCUGAUCUCCAGUAACAUCGCUGACAGCAACAGGAGACGGCAGCCCUUGGUUCUGUUUGGGAGCCACUCCUCCAUGGAGAACCUUCACAGCUACUCCUUCAACUUCCCUUCUGAUGGACACCAGGUCCGCAACACCGGACCCCAGGGGGCCCCAGCCAAACACAUGGUUCUCCAGUGUGUGGCUCCUAAAGGUUCUUUAGCCUGCUCCAGGACUUACUUCUUUGGAACCACUCACAUCCCCUACCUAGGGAAUGACAACAUGCAACAAAAGAAAACAGAACUCCUUCUUCUCUCUCAGAUCUAUGCAGCAGCCGUCCAGUCGGUCCUGGCUGGAAUCAAAUGCUACUCCAACACCACUAGUGCUACUAAGGCGAAGGACGUAGCAGAGCAUACCUUCCAUCUGGCACUGGACUCGGUCCACCUGCCUCAGUACAGAACUGCUCUCAGAUCUAAAAGUGUUUUCCACAUCCAAGCUGUGAACAACCAGGGCAGAAUUGUUCCUCUGAGUGAAGAAGGGAGCUGCUUCUUGGUGAAAACUGCGUCCAUGUCAGUGUACGACAUCCCAGACCUCCAGUGGGGGAAAGGAGACCUGGGCUCUGUAGUCUUCUCUGAGUCCUUCCUGGUGUCCAGCAUCAACAUCCAACAGAAAGAUGGUAGUGUUUCCUCAGACAGCUGCUACACCAUCCUGACGACAGCUCUGCCUCGAUACGUCUGCUGGCUGGUGGAGUCUGAUGUGAAGCAUUCUGAGAAGGCCCAGGUCCUGCUGAAGGAGGAGGAGGGUACCUGCCUGGGCACCUCUUUGACUACAGCAGACACAGCUCAUGUGUUCUCCAACAGCCUGCUCUCCACUCCAGAGGAAGGUAAGAUGAGCUUCUUCACAGAGGGCAUCCUGUUCCUCCAUCCUCAGUACGGCACCAUCACUCUACCCAGGAGCCUCAUCAGCAGGAUCAAAUUGUAUGACCUGGACUCGUCGAGCGUGGUGGCAGCUCUGUUUGUACAGUAUGAAGCUGCUCUGCUGUCCCACCUGCCCUUCCCUCUCCACAGUGACGACCACUGUUUGGUCUUCAGCCUCCAGCCACGCUCACAGAGUCACCGAGCCUUCUACUCACAGGUGUUACCAGUGUGGCAGGGGUCAGACUCUGGACUCUCUCUGCAGCUGGUGGACAGAGAACAGCUGACCUGGGAUCAGAGGAACAUGCACUCCAGACUGCAGUGGUUGCAUGACUGCCACGCCCCCCCUGUGGCCAAACGCAGAGGCAGCCUGAAGGCCUCAUACUCCCAGCUACCAGAACAAGAGAUGUUCCUACAGCACUUUGCUCUGAGCAGUGUGGGUCAGGAGCCCAUCCAGGAUGACCACCUGGGGGCACUGUUCUCCACGCCAGACACCAGGAACCCUCUGGCAGGAAGCACUGACAAGGUGGUUAUAACCAUCAUCUCUGGACUACCGGGCAGCCACAAGAACAGACUGGUUAACUUCCUGGUGCAGCUGAAUAGAGAAGGAGGAAGGUGGGUUGUCUACCGUCCAGGUCCAGACUGCAGUGAUUGUUUCUCCACCUCCCACUUCCAGCGCUACCUGUCCUGCUUCCUGGAGACACAGAGAGCACCUGGAGGGAAGCCCCGACUACUGCUGCUCACUCCUGGAUGUACAGAUGUAUUAGACGUGGUCCAGGCGGUCCUGUCCCAUCCAGAUGCUGUGGUCCAGGCCUGUUUCACCAUCGGGGCAGUCACAGCCUGUGUGGACCCUCUCAGCUCAUACAUGGAACACAGAUUUGUCUUCCCGAAGCUGGUAGAGCAGUGCAGCCAAGGUAUAGUGAGUACAGUUGUCUUCACUGGACUGGCAGCAGAACAGAAGAACCCUCUCCUCCAAACCGUACAGCAGCUGAUCCGGUCAGCCAAUCCCAACGCUGUCUUCAUCCUGGCAGAGAGAGGAGCCGUUACCAGGAAUGAGGAUGUGAAGAUGAUUUUGUCUGAGAGCAGCUUCUCUGAGGCGCAGAUGAUGAGAGCACGCUACCUGCUCUACCCUGGCUGGUGUAAAGGCCGGUUCGUCAGUGGCUGUGCGUCCCUGUCUUUGGGCCACCAGUAUGUGAUGUUCAACCUUCCCUUGGAGAGACCUCUGUUUCUGAAACACUGUAAAGCCUUCAAGUCAGCUCUGAGACCAAACCCUUUCAGAGGAAACGUCUACAACGUCUCGGGGAAGGUCCUCUUCUCUGACUCUGAGAGGAUGAUGGAGGUGAGCUACAACACUGUGAGUGGGAACCUCCGUAUCACUCAGCAGCCCUUGGGCGACAGCCACCAGGGAGACCAGGAGCCCUCUGGAUGCUUCCUGCUGUUCCAUGGAGUGGGAUUGACACAGGAGGCCCUGAAGGACUGGCUGAGGAUCUGUGUAAAACCGAAGGAGGUGAGGAAGGUGAAGAAGACCCACACCAGCCUCUCUCCUCAGGAAAUCAGGACCAUCCAUGUGAAGAGACAUCUGGACCCUCUGCCUCCAGGCUUCUUCUACAACGGACAACAGUACGUCAGUUUCUUUGGAGAGAAGAACAACUUCCAUCCACAAAUGGACCAGUUCAUAGCGGAGUAUGUUGAGGAGGCCAACCGAGAGAUCGACCUCUUCAACAAUCAGCUGGAGCAGCAGCAGCACCAGGACCUGUUUGACCCUUAGUGACCCCCAAGGUUGGGGUUAGAGGUCGUCUGUCUCGUCCUUUUACUGUUUGUCCUCCUCAGCACAUCUCAAAGGGAAACAAAGGGGGAAACUAUACCAUACAUCCUGUCACUUCCACUAUACCAUACAUCCUGUCACCUCCACUAUACCAUACAUACUGUCACCUCCUCUAUACCAUACAUCCUGUCACCUCCACUAUACCAUACAUCCUGUCACCUCCACUAUACCAUACAUCCUGUCACCUCCACUAUACCAUACAUACUGUCACCUCCACUAUACCAUACAUCCUGUCACCUCCACUAUACCAUACAUCCUGUCACCUCCACUAUACCAUACAUACUGUCACCUCCACUAUACCAUACAUCCUGUCACCUCCACUAUACCAUACAUCCUGUCACCUCCACUAUACCAUACAUCCUGUCACCUCCACUAUACCAUACAUACUGUCACCUCCACUAUACCAUAUAUCCUGUCACCUCCACUAUACCAUACAUCCUGUCACCUCCACUAUACCAUACAUCCUGUCACCUCCACUAUACCAUACAUCCUGUCACUUCCACUAUACCAUACAUCCUGUCACCUCCACUAUACCAUACAUCCUGUCACCUCCACUAUACCAUACAUCCUGUCACCUCCACUAUACCAUACAUCCUGUCACCAUACAUAUAGGGGUGAUAAACAUAACUGAAUCAAGACAUUAUUAUGGUGAGAGCACAAACUUUCUGUCCAGAUAAGAGGUUCAACUUUACAUUGUCAGUCAGUAUCAUCCUAGGUAGGUUUCUAAUAGGCCAGUAGAAUUGGUUCUAUUUGUAGCCUGGCUGUUGGCAUUAUUAAAACACUCCUUUCUCGUC